CUGGUCUGUUGGUCUCCCCAAGAUUCCGGUGAAACCAGCUUCGGGAGGCGAUGCAGAUCCACUGAGAUCAUAUCUAUAUGGCCAACUGGUCACUUCUUUGACCUUCCUUCCUACGAUUCAACCAUACCUGCUUGUUGCUGGAGUAGAAACCCAUCAUUUGGUAGUCAUCGAUAUCCGGGACCACUCAGAUCCACCCGGUCUCGGAAAAAAAGACCCCUCAUCAACGACCAAGCACCCUCCGGCGUACGGAAUUUGUUAUGAUCCUUUUGAUGAUUGUCGUCUGGCAACUUAUGAUGAGGAAGGAGUUGUUCGUAUCUGGGACAGACGCCGUCUUGAGCAUGGCAUUUUCUAACGUGCGAAGGGGAACUCUAGCAACUCUCGGAAAGAGCACUCCGAGUGUCCGAUACUGGAGUAUUAUUGACUCCGGAAUCACAUCUCGUCGUUCGGACCCUUCAAGUCGUCCCCACACAUCGAACAUUCCAAGUUUAGUACAUACUCGGCGCGGAAAGUCGUUCGGUCACCAAGUCGCAUCAUUUUGUUUUGUUCCUGACAUUCCCGGAGCGAAUCACCUUCAGCACACACUCGUAAUGACAAAGGAUGGUUUCCUCGACAUCAACCGCCCGCCUGUGCCUGCGGUACAUUGCUGGAGUCCUCGUGGCGAACUAGUGGCAGCCGUCGGAAAUGGAUCAAGCUAUCUCUAUACUCCCGACCGCUCUCUUCCUGAGGCUCUCUCCAAUAUUGAUCCGUGGCAGCUCACCAUCGAGCAUUCCACAACAUACAGUCCACCUACUGGAUCUGGAUCUGCAGCGCCGCCACAAGAAGUGCAGGGUGACACACUAGAAACUGAAAACACCGAAACCAUUGCGGAGCCACCCUUGGAAAGCCCAGCGCCGGCGGAGAAGCUUGGUUCUACUCAGACCCGACCAGGAUACAUUCCAUUUCCCGUCUUAGAUGAUGCACUAAACAGCAGCCUCACUGCCACGUCCUCUCUUUCAGUUUCGAGGGAGGCGUCUCAGGAUAAACGAGAGAAGAGUCCAGCUGCUAUCACAAGCCGUCGAUAUGGUGGCACCGAUCGACCUCAAGGCCCUGCCUCUACGCGUCCAUCUCGGCAAAAUUCGAGAGGCCCCGCCAGCAGAAAGAACAUUUUAGACACCUCGGUAACCCCGUCCAUGACACCGGUGCAAAAGAUACCUAGGCCAUUGAAGGAUGUCCAUAAAGCUUUCCAGUACGACAUUUCUGAAAUUAUGAGAGCCAGGGUCCUCCAGGGAUAUGGGUUGGAUAGUAUGGUUCACAACGCGCUUGUGACGUCGAGGAAUCCUCUGGGAGCCGAAGGGAAGGACUUAAUGCCUAUGAUGUGGGCGUGGCUUGAGGUGGAACCUUCAAAAGUAUACAAUUUCGACUUCGCUUACCAGGGUGUGCUCAGCGUCUGGGAAGGUUUUGCACCACUCUCGGGGCCAGGAAGAGUACCUAUUAUGAUUGUCUCGGAUGAUCCAGCCGCUAUGCAACGUUCGACAUCAGGUCGUGGACAUAAAAGAUCAUCCGCACGAGCGAAGGAAAGAGCUCAGGCAGAGCAAACGUCAUUACGUCAACAGUACGAAAAUGCUGUUGAUAUUAUGAACGGUCGAAAGCAUCAUGGAACACAGAGGGUGUGGCCUAGAUGGGCGACCUCCACGUCCAAGGUUUCACGAAGGCAGCUGGGUUUAACGCUAUGCGACUGGAAUCUGAUCGACGACGAACUUGUCGAGCAGAUAUUGAAAUGGGAUACUGACGGUGUGCCCGAGAGAGCAGCCUGUUGGGCUAUCUUCCUUGGGAAAUCCGACCUCGCUAUGCAGAUACUGAUGCGGAAUAGAGACGAGAAACUGCAGAUGUUGUCCGGCGUUGUUCGCACACUAGUGGAUCCAGUCGUUCGGUCGGGCAGUUCGUUUGACUCAUGGAGAGAACAUGCGAAGCGACUUGCUCUACGGUCGCAAAGCAUAUAUGUCCGGGCGCUGUUAUCUCGACUCGCCGGUGAUGAAUGGAUGGAUAUUCUCCUGGAAGAAAUGACCAUGCCAUUGAGGGAGAGAUUGGCCAUUGCACUUCUAUUCUUGCCGGACGAGCAACUCGGACGGUAUCUGCGCGAGCUUCUUGAUGGCUUGGUCCGUGAUGGUAAUAUUGAGGGGUUGCUCGUCACUGGUUUAAAUCCACUUGGGCUGCAGAUUAUCCAAGGCUACGUGGACAACACAGGUGACGUGCAAACGGCUGCUUCUCUUUUUUGCUGCAUCUCCCCCGCGAGAUGGCACCACGUACCAUCUCUGUCAGAUCGACGUUCUGCCCACGCCCAGCAUUCACAAACAGCAGCCAAUCUAACAGACCUCGCCCGUGCUGAGAAGUGGGUAGAAACGUACCAGGAACUUCUCGAUUGCUGGAAGUUCUUUCAUCACCGCGUACAUUUCGAUAUGCUGCGAGGGAAUGCUGUCGUCAAUUCUAUUCGAAACGGUGAAGUCGCUCAUCAUGAAUGGGUUCCUCGACAAUUAGAAGUUCGUUGCAACUACUGUAAUAAAAUUGCCAACUCUUCCGCGCCAAUGGCAUUGUCCACUCCCAGCGAAGGGGGACCAGAAGGAAACUCGGAGAGUACUCCGGCACCUGGCGUGACAGGUUUGGGUACUAGUCCCACAUCGAUCUCCAACGUCACUGUACCCCCCACCAACGGUGGCGCCUCCAAUCAACGAGUCCAGACGGAUUUCUGUCCGUGGUGCAGUCGACGGUUGCCCAGAUGCUCUAUUUGCCUCAUGUCCAUUGGGAUUCCAAACGAUGACAUCCGAAAUAUAGAAUUGAGCGAAAUGCCAGAAAAAAGAGACACCGCGAACGACGCCAUGGUGUUUUGCCAAACAUGUCGACAUGGGGGCCAUUCGGGUCAUAUUCUCGAUUGGUUUUUAGGCCCAAAUGGGGAUGGAAAUGGUCAUGAAGUCUGUCCAGUAGCUGACUGCGACUGCCGCUGCUCUAGCUUCUAGUCCUUGUGGACGCAACACCCAUGCACACCAUUUGGAUUGUGGCUCGCCAAUGCAUUAUGACAAAUUUAGCCUCACGCAUAACUCACGCCAUCUUUAAGAUCCUUGGCCACGCACACUUUGUCCUUGUGAAGCCUGAGCCGUCCCAAACCAUAGUCGUUGGAUCGGAACAAUCUCCCAUACAGCGCACGGAAGGUAAGAAGAUGGGAGAGGUUUUCGUAGAUGAGCAUUAGAUAGUGAAGAGUGGAGUCAUGUUGCGCAGGCGAGAAGUUCGGUCAAAAGAUGGGUCAGAAAACUCUGGCAGAUGGUGCAGUGAUGGUUUAAUUGAAU